CGCAAUUAGCCUAACCUAAAAGAAAAGAAAAAGGAACAGGUUAAUGGCUUCUCCGGCGCAUUUCAUACCCUCCUUCAAAUUUGCUCUCUACGUUUAUUUAGUUCUACUUUCGAUAUCUUUCUCCGGCGCUUCAGAAGAUACAUUAACGGCCGACAGCAACAACUUCCAUUCAGUUGACGCCGGCUCGAUUCUACCAUCCUUAAUUUGCCAAUCAUCCACUUCCAAAGGUUCCAGUAGUAAGUCAACGUUGAAUUUAGUAAACAAGUAUGGCCCUUGCUAUAGAGGAGAGUCAACGAAGUUAACGUUGGCUCAAAUCCUGAGCAAGGACCAAGCUCGGGUGGCCUCAAUCCAGUUCCGCCUCGCAUCUUCUCUAAACACAAGCGGAAUCUUAGACCACAAAAGCACAACACUCCCGGGAAAGACCGGAGCUUCUCUCGAAACCGGCAACUACGUGGUCACCGUCGGCCUUGGAACCCCGAAGAAACCCUACACUUUGGUUUUCGACACCGGAAGCGACCUAACCUGGACACAAUGCCAACCAUGCCUCGCAUCUUGCUACCAACAAAUCGAUCCCAUCUACAACCCGAAGCUCUCCUCCACGUAUUCACCCGUCUCGUGUUUCGCGCCGCAGUGCGGUUGGCUCGUCUACGGAACUGGAAACAACCCGGGUUGCUACGGCGGUUCAACUUGCGUCUACACUAUCAGGUACGGCGACCAAUCAUUCUCUCAGGGAUUUUUCGCUAAAGAGACGCUAUCUUUAGCGACGGACGUUUUCCCCGGAUUCCUAUUCGGUUGCGGGCAGAACAACCAAGGAUUAUUCGGGAAGACCGACGGAUUAUUAGGCCUUGGAAAGAGCCAGGUUUCGUUGGUAUCACAAACAGCUUGGAAAUAUGGGAAAGUGUUUUCAUACUGCCUUCCAUCGUGGUCGGGAUCAAACGGAUAUUUAAGCUUCGGGAAACCCUUGUACGGAUUUCCUAAAACCGUGAAAUUCACCCCCUUCUCGACGUCCAGACUGACCCGUUUCUAUUACGCCGUGGAUCUUGUCGGCAUAACCGUGGGAGGGAAACUAUUGCCUAUCAGCUUAAAGGUUUUCCAGACGGCCGGAACAAUAGUUGACUCCGGCACGGUUAUUACCCGGUUACCUCCUGCGGCUUACUCAGCGUUGCGUACCGCUUUUAGACAGGGAAUGACACAGUAUAAACUGGCACCGGCGUUUUCAUUGCUGGAUACUUGUUACGAUUUCUCCGGUUUAUCGACCAUAAAUAUUCCGAAAAUCAGCUUCCUUUUCAAAGGGUCCGCAAAUGUGGAUUUGGGAAUCAGUGGGAUACUUGUUGCUGCGAGCUCAAACCAGGUUUGCUUGGCAUUUGCCGGAAAUGGAGCUGCUACUGAUCCCGGGAUUUUCGGGAAUAUUCAACAGCAGAAACUGCAAGUUGUUUAUGAUGUUGCUGGUGCCAGGGUUGGAUUUGGUCCUGGUGGAUGUUCUUAAUAACUAAGUCAUUUGGUGAACAAUUAAACUGAGCCGAAUUGUUCAGUCUGAAGGGCAUGGGUUUCUUUCUUUUUUUUUUUUUGUUUUUCUUUUGUUUUUAAUUGUUUCUAGUAAUCAAUCAGGCAGAAUGGCCUGGCAUGCUUGACUAUCUCCCUUACGAGUUAGCGGGUGAAUCAUGUGAAUAACCAGUUGUCUAGAUGUGUAAUUUCCCAUCAUUAUUUCUCUUUCAAUAUUUCAUCCAGCUACGUUGGCUAAUAAAAUUAAUACACUCCGAAAAUGUAUGAUUGUGCAGAUUAAGUUUUAUUUUAGUAUGAAAUAAAAAUUCAAACAGAAUAAUUAUAACCUAAGUGUACUAACUAGCGAGUAUGUCUGUUACCCUAUUUCAAUUUUCC